AGCAAAGAAUCUUGCUAGAAAUUAGAACAUGUAAAUUGCAGAAUUGUGGUGCUCAAAGAUACAUCACGUCAAACAGCUGUAAACCAGUGUAGCAGUGGCAGGGCUGGGAAGUGGCCGGGGUGGUUGUGUUACAGAAACUGGCAUGUAACAGUACUUGUCUCAGGAGCUGCUUGAACUGAAAUGGAUCGUUUUUCUUCAUUCUUUCUCAGACAAGCAGGGCUGUUAAAAUUGUUCAAGCAAUGAUGCCCCGUUCAAAUCUGCCAUACACUUGCAGUCUAAGUUCUCCUGUUUUCUCCAAGUUUAAGUUCCCAUGUUUUAUAUAAGUUCUCUUGUCCUUUUCCCCCCACCGGUUAAGCAAGAUUGCUUUGGGAUAAUGUCCUGUGUCUGUAGCAUGAUAUUAUUGCUGUAGCACAAUAGUAGGGCAUUAUGGGGUGACCUACUCUUCAUGCAGUGGCAAUUAAGUUAAUGAAAGGUAUUAUUUUGCCCCUUUUACAGUUAUCUAAAAGGUUAAGUUCUUAAUAAGGAUGUACCAAAGAGCUUUCUGGCUUGUGUUUGCUCAGAGCAACAGGAGUACUGGUCUGGGUGAAUAUUGUGGGUUUUUUCUUUGUAAUAACACUCAUUUUAAUGAGAUCACUUACUAUUUCUAAAAGAGCAGGUAAAAGAUGAAGAAAAACAGAGAUUCUUCUACUGCGCUUCUUUUCUGAUAGAUCUUUGACCGAUGAUUUAGCUAGAAUAUUGAUUCUUUGAUAGGCAUCCAUUAUCUGCUUAGAAACAAUGUCAAAAAGAAAGUAGACUGUCAACUCCAGUAUAUGGCUAGGUCUCAAUGAAGUAAGUUGCCUGUAGAAAAGCAUUGUUACAGACGUUGUUGUCUCCUCAAACAAGGCAAAUCUUGUAGAGAGCUGUGCAGUGCAAAAUUGAAACACUGACUUCGAUUUCCUGCCUUGCAGAUUGCCACUUUAGCGAGUAUGAGAUCACUGUGAUGCUCACAUUGGUUUGUGUUGCAGAAUGACUAAUUAAGGGGCUUUUGUGGAGCUCUUGAUGGAAAAUACAUGAUCUUUGACAGAUGAUAUUCCUGUCAAAGAAGACCCUGAGCAUUAUACGGUAACAGUUCUCUUUUUGUUAAGUACAAUAUUUUGAAGAUGGAGAUGACAUAUGAAUCUCUCCUGGCAGUGUCUGAUAUUUCUAAAACUUCACUUCCUUCCCUGAGGUGUAAAUUCUAAUACUGCUUUUACCAGCCUUUGUUCCUUGUACUGUUCAAGUAGACAUCAUCCAUUUCUUCCACUUCAGUUGUGAAGUCCCUAGUUAUGCCUGAAGGGAAUGUUUAAAAAGAAAAUUUCUCUAUAACUGGCUGGUCUGCAGGAAUCAAGUAUCUUUCAAAGCUGUGGUUUUCAGUUUUUUGUGUGUUUUUUAUUUUAUUUUAUUUUUGCUUGCAGACUGAAGAAAUUUUUUUAUGGGAACAAAAUUCAGGCAGCUCAGCUUCGCUAGUGUUGAAUCUGACAGCCAACAAACAACCCUAUGCACUGACAGUGACUUCAACUCAGCUGCUGGUCGUUAAUAAGUGAGCCAGCAUUGCUGCAUGCUCUUCAUGAGACUGUAUAUUACCUGAUGAUCCUUAGCUGUUUUUAAAGUCAGCUCUUGGCUUCUGUGUGAUGCCAAAUGCUGGCAGACCACAGUGAAGUGACUCUUACCGCUUCAGGAAGCAAAUGUGAAUCAUCUUGCAGUGUCAGGUGGCUGAAUGGAUCAAGCUUACAAAUUUUGAUCUGUUCUAGGAGGAUGUGCCUUCUAAAACAUGUUAAAACCAAUUUAAUUUGAAGCUAAGUUUUUAUGUGAGCAGGUAAAAAUUGUUAUUGAAAUUAUUAUUGUAACUGUCUUUGAGCAAAGAAGGUGCCUAGGGAGUUACCCUGUGACUGUUGAUUUUGACAAUGUCCCUGAGAAAGCAUUGGCCCAGGAUUCCUGCCCUGCUCUGGCUGCCUGCAGACUCUCUCUGGAAGCAUCUAGAUGUGCCCUCCUUUUGGAUCUAUCCUGUAACAUUAGGCAGCCUAUUUGGAGUCACCUCUUCCCCAAAUAAAGGAACCUGUUAAUGUCUUGGAGUGUCCGUGGUAAGCCAUGGUGAUGCUGCGUGGUUGGUGCAGGACUCUGGCAGAGCAGCUCACGACUGACAGCUGCUGGUGGACAAGGGAUCUGCCUGGAGACCUCCCCAGACUGCAGGCAAGCUUUGACAGAGACAGUGGGAACUGGCAGGAGACAAGCAGAAGAACUGACUGAAUAGGUCAACUAUCUUUUUAUUUAGUGAGGUGCUACUUUGUGACUCUUGUUUUACAUAGGCCAGUUCUGAGGUCUGGGUGAAUUAGAUGCAAUUCUCUGAAUCGGAACUGCAUUGAGUACCCUAAAAGAUCACAUAGUCGAAAGAUGAAUAGAGCCGUGGUGCUAAACAAAAGCAAGGAAAUUAGAAAGAGAGACCCUUCUCAGGAAUGCUUUUCUUGGGAGGCUGACGUAAUGUGAAACAGUUUUAAGGGUGACAAAGAGGUUGGAUAUGACUUCAGGGUACAGACCUUAAGGGUGUCAUCUACUGUUUGGAACUAAGCAACAAGUAGUAGUGAUUAACUGGAAGAAAUAAUUGCAAUCCUGAUAACUGCUUAGAGGAGUAGCUGCAAUCUCCAAUUACACAUAGACCAAUUGCCCAACAGUUAUCAUGGCCUGUGAGUUCUCAAAGAUCUGGAAGUCCAGAUGGAUUCUUUCCUUCUCCUGAAGUAAGGAAACAUGAGGCUUAGAGUAGCAACUGAACAGCGAAUCCCAACAGAAGAACCAUAUGUGAAAGCUGCUACUCGCCUGGCUGUGUAUCUGCUUCCCUUGACAGUAUCAGUAAACAUUUGCAGAGGCUCUAGAGACUCUUCCAUCGCUUGUGUUUGAUAAUCAUCUGAUAUGCUAGCAGACACCAUAUUUCCAUUUGGAGGCGAGUGCCUCCAGGAAAGGCAGAUCUUAAACACCACAGCUGCUGACACUUUUUCUCCCUUCCACAUGUGUGGCUCAUCAAAGAAAGCUCAGAGGGUUUAUUUUUAACUCUAGGUGGUAUAGUGCUACAUGUUGGAGGUAGAACAAUAAGGUCCAGGCUACCUGGUAGAAUUCCUUCCUCCCUUGUUUCCUUCUCUUUCAGAAAUAGAACUGUUAAGCUUCUCUCACACCCUCAAAACACCAUCCCCAACCUGUCGCUAGGACCUCAGACUCCCUUUUUGUCUGCAUUUUAGGUAGUUGGAGAGGCACUUGCCUUCUUACUGUACCAGUAUCAUUUGGCAUCAAGAGAUGCAAGCCCGGGAUUUUUAGUUUGCACCUUUGCCUAAGUACUUGCAGUUUUGCUUCAGUGAGAAAUGGAAUUCUCUGGUUUGUUUAUUAGCUUCUGACUAGGUUUACGUAGAGGAGUUCUCAUGGGCAGUCCCAUCAGUCUCUGUGGAGAUGAACCCCUGCCCUUCUCCUCAACCACUCCCUCAAACCCCACAUUUCAAAUUUGUUAGGUGCUGGGGGGCAAAAAUGUUUCAAAUCCACCUUUAACAUGAGCAGUGAAAUGUUCAGAAGUUCUUGUCUGUAUGUCUGUUAGAGGCUUGUCUUUGUCCCUGAAGAUAAAGCCCGAGUCCUUCCCCAACCCAAAUGAAGGAAUUUCAAAGGAGAUAAAAUCUUGAACAGUAUGAGAAAUAGCAUAUUGAUUAUCUGAGGUGUGUGUGGAAAAUCCUACAGCAAGAAUUCCUUAGUGUUGACUGUGUAAAUACCUUUAAAUAUGUUUAAAGCCAGUAGAUGACAGGCACUCUGCUGGGUGCCUAUGUGCAUGACCACCUUUAAAAAAACUCAUAGUAGUUUGUGAUCUGCUGAUGAGACUGACAUUUGUGAGAGACACAAGGAUUCAUCUCUUUCCAUCUGAACUUCCUGAUCUGGCCUGACCCGAGAUGAGGACACCACACCUCUCUGCCUGCACGAUCUCCUCCAGUCCAUUAGUAAACUAGUUUGAAAUGUAAUGGGAAGGAGGUCCAGAGCCAAGGUAAAUCUUUAACCUGAUGAUUCUCAUCAAUAGGAGUAAUCCAUUCACACAGAAGCAUCCCAAGUGCUAGAGAUGUGCUAUUUUUUAAUGCUGUCCUGUCAGCAAAUUAUUUAAUGCUGUAAGCUAUUUAUAAACAUAAUUUAUAAUGAAUCCCACUGGCAGUGACAGGCAUUUAACUUUUUAAUAAUUGGCAAGGUUUUCAUUAUUUGAGACAACUAACGUAUCUGUAGCUUCUCAGUGUGUGUCUUUCAGUUUAAUAGCUUAUGGAUCUAAAAUCCGCUUGGAUUUUUUUUUCCAGCAGAAUUCAGGGGUAUACCCAUGAGACGUAUUUCCGUGGCUAGCUGGCAUGUUGCAGUUCUGUGGGCAAGACAAAAACUGCUAGGGCAUUGCAGAAAUGCCAUGAACACCCUCAGAACUGUAGUCUGGAAGGCUCUGGCAAACCCUGAUGUUUUCCAGUGACAGCCUUCAUUUGUAGCACCACUAAGACACACCAUGAAGAAUGAAUUCACUUACAGGAGAUGCGUAAACCUCUUGCAGUCACCUUUUCUAGCAGUCAGAAAAGCGAUGUCCCAAUUUGUGACUUUGCUACUGCAGGUGGCUGGUCAGCACAUCCACCAGAGUGGUUCUGCUGGGCUCGACAGCACUGCACGACACACUCUGCUCUUUGGGCUCGUGUCCAAAGGCCCCAUGGUGGGGGUUCUCCCCUGUACUUACAGCUGGCACUUGACUCGUCCGGUGCCUGAUGGGGUGCUGGAGCAGCACACACAGCGCUGGCAGGGAGCAAAUUGCUGGUGCCGGAGGAACGAGACUGCCAGCAGUUGAGUGAGUCUUACUCGUAAAAUGGUCCUGAAAGGUGCUAUGGAAAAAACACAUUUAAACAGAGGAAGGAAGAUGAGUCCUUGGAGUUGUUCAGCCCCUUUUUAUUGCUACAGAUGCUGCUGGCAGCCUCCUUCACUAGGAGACCUGUCUGAAUUGUUUGAGCUCAAUGAAUACCUUGGCAGGGGCCCAAAUACACAGGGUUCAUGUUCAGACCUGGCACCCCACUGUGCCUUCAGACGACCCAAAGGCCUCGUAGACCCUUCUACCUCCACAGUGGGCCACAGACACCUUUUCCCAGUGACCUUUGUAUAUAUUUGGUCCCUGCUGCUUGAAAGUGUUUUAAAACAGCAGCUCUUCAGAAAAGUUCAUCUGCAGCAGUGGGGUUUGAGCAUGAAGGUAAGUGAAAAGAGACUGGGCUGUUUCACACUGUCACACACAUGCAGAAUAUGUAGAGGGAGGGUAGUAGUGCUGGAGGGUCAAACUUGAGUGUUGUACUCAAGUGUGCAGAGUGUUGGGGACCUGUGUGGCUGAUAGGGACUGUUUCAAGGCAACCUUUGGAACUGGGCAGCGUGCUGGACUGGUUGGGGUGAGCACUGGAUCACAAGUGAUGGGGUGUCUGAGGACCCGUUUAUUCCUGGCAUCCCUUGCCCUAGAAGUCAGCUCUGACAGUCAACUAAAGCCAGUCCUAAUGGUGUGGGAAUCCCUUCUCUCUGCUAUCGAAUUCAAACUGGUACCUCAUGCACAUGAAUGCCACUCAUAGGGAAGGGAGCCCUGUGGAGAAGGAGUGUCCCAUUUCCAAAACCAGACUGCAGCCCCAGUGUUAUUUUCUCACAGUGUCAAGUUGGCAUGUGAGUUGAUAAAAAUCCCCCGGCUCACAUCCUUCCCAGAAGUGCCAGUCAAAACCCAAGCAGCUAUUUACCCAAAGUACCAAUUUUAUAGUUCUGUGUGUGUCUAUAAUCUAUUUACCAGCAUUCCUACUUCAGUAUGUGCCUGUUAAUAAGAUUAGUAAUUAAAAAGCUUGAUAGGAAUUGGCAAGCAUAGCUCCUCCGCCUCUCCCUCCCCUCCAAGCCGGACUGGCGUGGAGUGUGAGGCAGGGUUGGCAGAGUACCUGAGGGAGUGAAGGCAGGAAGGCUCUGCUGAAACCUCUGCCUACAAGCAGGCAAUGGAGAAAUCCCGGCCGCUAUGGGACAAUCCCCUGCAGUUUGUUUUUGCGUGCAUUUCCUAUGCCGUGGGACUGGGAAAUGUAUGGAGGUUUCCCUACUUAUGUCAGAUGUAUGGAGGAGGUGGCUUUUUGAUCCCAUACCUUAUCAUGCUGAUUGCCGAGGGGAUGCCACUGCUCUACUUGGAGCUGGCUGUGGGGCAGCGUAUGCGUCAGGGCAGCAUCGGCGCCUGGAAAAUGAUAAGCCCCUACCUUUCUGGUGUUGGUGUUGCCAGUGUUGUCGUCUCCUUCUUCCUCUCCAUGUACUACAAUGUGAUAAACGCCUGGGCCUUCUGGUACCUUUUCCACUCCUUCCAGGACCCCCUGCCAUGGGCCACCUGCCCCCUCAACAGCAACCGCACCGGCUACGAGGAGGAGUGUGAGAGGACGUCAUCCACCCAGUACUUCUGGUACCGGCAGACCCUGAACAUCUCCCCAUCGCUGGAGGCCAGCGGGAGCGUGCAGUGGGAGCAGGCGCUCUGCCUGACACUGGCCUGGCUGGUGGUUUAUCUCUGCAUCCUCCGUGGCACCGCUUCCACUGGCAAGGUCGUCUAUGUGACAGCCUCUUUGCCAUACUGUGUUCUCAUCAUAUACCUCAUCAGAGGAUUAACACUUCAUGGAGCUGUGAACGGUCUUGUCUACAUGUUCACACCAAAGCUGGAGCAGCUGUCAAACCCCAAGGCGUGGAUCAGCGCUGCCACGCAGAUCUUCUUCUCGCUGGGCCUUGGCUUUGGCAGCCUCAUUGCCUUUGCCAGCUACAACGAGCCCAGCAACAACUGCGAGAGACAUGCCAUCAUUGUCUCGCUCAUCAACAGCACCACCUCCAUCUUUGCCAGCAUUGUGACCUUCUCCAUCUACGGCUUCAAGGCGACGUUUAACUAUGAGAGCUGUAUAAACAAGGUGAUCCUGCUGCUGCUGAAUGCUUUUGACCUGGAGGAAGGCUCUUUGACAGCGGAAAACCUCAGUGAGAAGAAAGACUACCUCAUGGCCACCUACCCACAGGAAUAUGCCCAAUUAGUGCCUCAAAUUAAAAACUGCAGUUUAGAAGCUGAGCUAGACACGGCUGUCCAGGGGACGGGACUGGCAUUUAUAGUCUAUUCUGAAGCGAUCAAAAACAUGGAGGUGCCCCAGCUGUACUCUGUGCUCUACUUCUUCAUGCUGCUGAUGCUGGGCAUUGGCAGCAUGCUGGGGAACACGGCCGCCAUCCUCACACCGCUGACCGACAGCAGAGUCAUUGGCGCCCGCUUCCCCAAGGAGGUGAUCUCAGGUGUUGUGUGUUUCAUUAACUGUGUGAUUGGCCUGAUCUUCACCAUGGAGGCUGGAAAUUACUGGUUUGACAUAUUCAAUGACUAUGCAGCCACCCUCUCUCUGCUGCUCAUCGUGCUGGUAGAAACAAUCGCUGUGUGUUACAUCUAUGGGAUAAGAAGAUUUGAGAAAGAUCUUUACACCAUGAUUGGACGCAAGCCAAACUGGUAUUGGAAAAUUAUGUGGGCCUUUGUUAGUCCUCUGCUAAUUAUAAGCCUAUUUAUAUUUUACCUCACCGACUAUAUCCUCACAGGAACCUUGCAAUACCAAGCAUGGGAUGCCACACAGGGGCAGCUGGUGACGAAGGAUUACCCAGGCUAUGCCCUCGCAGUGAUCGGGCUGCUGGUGGCAGCAUCCACCAUGUGCAUACCCCUGGGGGCACUAAUGACUUUUAUAAGGAAGAGACUGAAGAGGGAAAGAGUUUCAACAGUUGCAUGAAUGCUGACAGCUGGAUUUGGGAAGACCUUACCCCCAUCAUCAGUGACAGGGCACUUCUGGAAGACAGCAGCAACCAUUAUUUGUAGCAGCUAUUUAUAGAGUUGAGAAUGGUGGGUGCUAUAUUGACCAAAAAGUGCUCUUGGGAGGUUCCACAAUGGUUUGGGGAAAAAAAAGCUCUUCUGUAACAAGAUGAAGCUUUAAAAUAGCCUAUGUACGAGAGGGGGAAACCAGAAGAGCAGCUCACAAAAUGCUAGUUAGCAAAAAAUAACCAGCACAUAAGCCCAUUACACCAUGUUAGGUAAUUCUUUUCCACUUUGUUGUAGCACUGCCUGUGCAGAAACAUGAGAAACCAACUAAGCAUGUUCCUGCACCAAAGUACCAGCAAAUAUCCUUUACCCAUUCAAGACAACUGCACUUAAGAGUGCACUUUAUUUCAAAUGACAUCUGUAUUUCAUCAACAGAGGAAACUGUUGAAGUCUGCCAGUGAGAAUGUGAUAAUCCCCUUCCUACAUGGGAGAAAUCAGUAGCAUGGUAUUGGGAGAUAAAUGUGGCCCACAUGCCUUCUUUUAUACUGGUGUUCAGCAAAGCAGUUUAUAUAUAUAUAUAUGCAUAUGCAAACACAUAUAUGAGUUGCACAAGUUCUUUCCCCCCGAGAAGUAAGCUUCCAAUUCCAGUACAUAACUGUGCACUGUGCUGUACUUUGUAUUUUCUAGGGAUGCACUUUAAGUACACUAGAAGGUAUCUGUGAUAAAGCUGCUUUAUGAGCCCCACUCAAACAAAAGUAUGCCAUAUAAUUAGCUUUGACAAAGUUCAUAUCCAGGUAUUCUUUAAUCAUCAGAUGUAACAAUCCAGCAGUUCCACUGACCUGGUUAAUUCCCCCAUGUAUAUGUUUUAUAAAGAAAGCAACAUGUUUAAAUUGUAAGCUUCAUGUAAUAGAAAACAUUAAAAUUAUAUCUAUGAACUUUAAAAAAGUUGCUCUGAAGAACAUUU